AUGGGAUCUACAGAUACUUCCAACAUUAACACAACCCUUGCUCUGUUCUUCAUCUUUCUUUCUCUGUGUUCAGUCUCCUCCCAAGGCAAGUUCUUGGGCGAAAAGCAGCAGCGGGAGCCAUGCAAUAACUUGACUUUCUACAUCCACGACAUUCUGUACAACGGCUCCAACGCUGGGAACGCGACUUCGGCGAUCGUGGCGGCGCCAGAGGGCGGCAACCUCACGACGCUGGCGAAGCAGAACCAUUUCGGGAACAUUGUGGUGUUCAACGAUCCGUUGACGAAGAACAACGAUCUGAGGGCGGAACCGGUGGGAAUGGCGCAGGGGUUCUACCUGUACGACAACAAAGACACUUUCACGGCGUGGUAUGGCUUCACGAUUGUGCUGAACAGCACGGAGCACAGAGGGACCCUGCAGCUCAUGGGGGCCGACCCCAUCCUGGUGAAAAGCAGGGAUUUGUCGGUGGUGGGGGGCACCGGCGACUUCUUCAUGACCCGGGGAAUUGCUACUCUCAUCACAGAUUCGUUUGAGGGGGAGGUGUACUUCCGGCUGCAGAUUGACAUCAAGCUUUAUGAGUGUUGGUGA